GGAUCGUUGGCGUUUGAUAAAAAUCAAGACACCUAUUAACAAGACACAAGUCAAAUCAAAAUUUGAAAUUCAUUUUCGGCUAUUCUUCAAAAUUUUCUGUAGUUUUUCAUAAUGGGUAAGGAUCAGAAAUGCCGUCCUCGGUGUUGUAUGCCCUGCCCGAUUCCUUUCUGUCCACCUAAAAGGAAGGAGGAAAAACCACCCAUUAUUUACCCCAUCGACUAUGUGCCCUACUGCUUGCCUGACAUGCCAUUCCAGACCUUCUACCAACAGGUGAACACCAUACCGUUCUUCUUGCCUCCACUUGUACCAGCAUGUUGCGGACCAUGCCCGGAUCGUUGUGUCCCCAAAAAUAGUUAUGGAAAUGGAAAUGGUAACGGCGAGCACCAGAGAGUUAAUCUACCACCUCAAAAUAGAAGGACUGAGGAUCGCUGUUGUAUAUCACAUUGAUGAUACUUGUGAAGAUUUUCGAGUACUUACCUAGUCUACAGACAGCUGCUUAAGUUUUGUUAACUACGUUGUGAAGAUACCAAAUUGUUGUUGAUCUAUGAAGAAAGUGUUGAGCUUUAAAAUGCUAGUGAAUAUUGUAAUAAGACGAAAUUAUGUAACAUGCAACUUGUGAAUAAAAAAUUCGUUACGUU